AUGGCUACAUCAAACACAUCCAAGCUUCACAUAUCCAUGCUUCCAUGGUUUGCCACCGGUCACAACCCAUUCCUCCAUUUCUCAAACGAGUUUGCCAAAAGAGGUCGCAAAGUCUCUUUUUUCCUACCCCAAAAAGCACAACUUGAACUGCAACACAUAAAUUUUUAUCCACACCUCAUCACCUUCAAUACCCUCACCAUUCCAUUUGUUGAUGAUUUUCCUCUUGGCACCGAGAGAGCCAACAUUGCUAUAAAGUUCGUGUCUGCUAAGAAUGUUCAUAGGGACAGACUCAUGACUUUGGAGGAGUUGGGCCAACUACCAACUGGUGAUGUCAUAGCCAUCAAAACCACUAGGGAGAUCAAGGAAGGUUGCUUCUGUGACUACAUUGCUGCACAGUAUCAGAAGUCGGUGCUUUUGACCGGGCCCGUGUUGCCUGAGGAGGAUUAUAAGGGAGAGCUAGAAGAACAUUGGACCCUAUUAGGUUGUGCAUCUGUGGAUGAGGCAUUACCAGAGGGUUUUGAGGAGAGGGUGAAGGGAAGAGGAGUUGUUGCUAGGGAUUGGGUUCAACAAUCAUUGAUUUUGAAGCACCCAUCAGUCGGGUGCUUUGUGAGUCACUGCAGAUUCGGUUUUAUGUGGGAGUCUUUGAUGAGUGAUAAACAAAUAAUGCUGGUUCCUUUCCUCGCGGACCAAGCAUUGAAUGCCAAGCUACUUGUUGAGGAGCUGGAAGUAGCAAUUUCUGUGGAAAAAUGA